GUGUGAGUCGCUGAACUCGCGAGUGUGUGUCUUGCUCUUUAUAUCCUCAUCUCAUCCCACCUCUUCACACCCCCUUCUCUCUCUCUCUCUCUCUCUCUCUCUCAUUCCUGUACACUCAGUCAGAUCCUCGCUCAGCUCUUCCUCUCAUUCUCCAGGAUUCUCUCCUCUCCCUCUAUUUUUUCACUGUGCGUUGGCUGUGCACUCCUCCCUAUCUCUCUCUCUCUCUCCCUCUCUCUCUCUUUCUCACUCACUCUCUCUCUUUCUCACACUCUCUGUUUUCUCUCACUUGUUCUCUGGCGUUUUUGUUCUCGUGGCUGGUGUGAGCUGAUCGGUUCUUUCUGAAGAAGCGUCACUGCUGCCUCCUGAACAAGAGCAGUGUGUGUAUGUGUGAGUGUGUGUGGAAACAGUGAGAGACUCUUCACUGGACUGGCCUGCUGUACAUGGAGACUCCCAUCUGGACAGAUAGCGGCGUGUGUAAGUCUGGAAGUCUAGCCGUGUUCAGGAACGCGGUGUGUAGCGGAUUCCUCACGCAGCAGCUCUGGCAUUUAGGACUCCCGCUUCUACACACACUGGGUAACCAAGAGGCGACCAAUCCAGUGGACGCGAUGGCUCAGUCCUACACCCCAGCGCAGUUUCCUCCUCCCCCACAGAAUGGUAUCCCAGGAGACUUCACCGCAACCCACGCCCUUCCCACACAGGACUACACAGGACAGAGCCGAGUACCUGAACACACCUUGACUAUCUACACACCCACACAGACACACAGCGACCCUGCAAACAGCGAGAGCAACACAACAACCAUCACCACCAACACAACAGAUGACGUGACACAAACAGAGACGCUGCCAUCCUCGGAAUCGCCGGAGAAACAGCAGCCCAAACGGCUGCAUGUCUCCAACAUCCCCUUCCGCUUCCGCGACCCUGACCUCAGACAGAUGUUUGGGCAAUUUGGGAAGAUUUUAGACGUGGAGAUCAUUUUUAAUGAGCGGGGAUCUAAGGGCUUUGGUUUUGUAACAUUUGAAACGAGCACAGAUGCAGAUCGAGCGCGGGAGAAACUAAACGGUACAAUCGUAGAGGGACGCAAGAUUGAGGUGAACAACGCUACAGCGAGAGUGAUGACCAACAAGAAGGCGGCCAAUCCUUACACCAACGGCUGGAAGUUGAAUCCUGUGGUGGGAGCCGUUUAUGCACCUGAACUUUACGCAGUAACAGGGUUUCCCUACGCUGCCACAGGGGCGGCAGUAGCGUACAGAGGAGCUAAUUUAAGAGGAAGAGGACGAGCCGUUUAUAACACAUUCCGCACAGCUCCACCUCCUCCACCAAUCCCCGCUUAUGGAGCUGUUGUUUAUCAGGACGGAUUCUACGGUGCUGAGAUCUAUGGAGGCUAUGCAGCGUACAGAUAUGCCCAGCCUGCCACAGCUACUGCAUACAGUGAUAGCUAUGGUAGAGUCUAUGCAACGGCAGAUCCCUACACUCACACGAUCAGCCCGGCCGCUACGUACAGCGUCGGCACAAUGGCUAGCCUCUGCCGAGGAGCGUACAGUCGCUUCACACCCUACUAAAGCCGAGACUAACACACCGACCACACUAAAUUAAAGCGAGCGAACUCCUCGUGUCCGACAGCCGAAACGUCCGGCUCCCGAUGGCCUCGUCACACCACACCACCACACCACACUAACACAAUGCACUGUCCCAACACACAACAUUCACUCCUGCAGUUGUGUGUGUGGGUGUGUCUGGGCUCAGUAUGAUGUCAUUGGUUAUAUUGGUUUACAUCUGAAUCAAACACAACCCUUACACUCCUGUUUAUUUCCUGACGGCUUGCUGAUCUGGUCACCUGACACGGUCACUACUUAGGGUUCAUUUCAGGACAAUGUCUGUUUGAUGACAUAAUUCUCUAUGCUUCUCUUUUCUUAAUUGGAAAACAGCUUCUUUUUGUUAUGCUUCUUUAGGAUGUAUUUUUUGUCAUAUAACAGGAGAUUAAACAUCACCAUCUUUAAAGAAAGUUUAAAGUAGUCAAAUAUACAGUAUAUAUAUAUAUAUAUUACAUAAAAUUACAUUAAUCGGAAAAUUGUCCUGUAAUUCUAAAAAUAUAAUAAAUCAUUAAUGAUACAAAAUUACUAUUUAAAUGGAAGAGAGGGUGAAGUAUUUUAUUUAAAAAUUCCAUCUUCAGGAAAGGAUUAAAACUAAUUAGAAAAGGAAAAGAUAUUCUCAGCAAGGCAAAUCUUACUCAGCUAACAAGUGUCUUUUAUUUAUUUAUUUAUUUAUUUUUAUUUAUGUAUUUAUUUAUUUUUACAUAUUCAUGAGGUGUAGAAUCAGAGCCAUCCAUGCUUCUUCAGCUCUAUUGUUAAACAAAUAUUAAUCACAUGUUGUCUCACACACGACUUGUGUGUCAUUGUUCCGGUUAGAUGAAGAGACUUCCCUGCACUCUGUAAAGUUCAGAAAACUUUCUGAUAACGUAAAAACCGUUCACUGUACCAUCAGCAACUUAUUUAUUUCAUUUCUCGACGUCAGCCCUGCCUUCGACGUUCAGAUAUGCACAAACAGUACAUUUAUACCUUUUAGUUUAGGCUAGAAUAUGGACUUUUGUAAUGUUUUAUUACAUGAAACCAAAAAAUAAUAUUAGGUAUUAAGAGUUUCGUCUAUGCAUUUUGUCUGGAAAAGUCAGGAAAACUGACAGACUCACACACACACAUACACACAACCCCAACUUUUAAAGCUCAUAUGUACAGUUACACUGCCAGUGUUUUUCAGCAUACAGAGGUCUGAUUUACACUGAGGGGGUUUUCACACUGUGGUUUAGUCUGAAACGAACAAAAAAAAAUCACUUUGCAUGAAAACCAAUGUGAAAGCUGUCAUAUAAUGCAGUGAGUGCAGCACUGUACAGAACCCAAGUCUACCUUUAAGAGAUUGGUUGCACUGCAAUGUGAACGUGAACACGACUCAUACUGAACAACAUUUGGUUCCACAACACAAGUGUAGGAAGAGUGUCAGGGGAAGGUUGUGGGACACAGAAAAGGGGAGGAGCUUUACUUUAUGUAAUAACACCUAAAUAAAUAUAUUGUGAGUCACACUGUGCUCUCAUUUGUGAUGAUGUAAGAUGCACCAGGGUUCAAGAGAAGCAAAUGAGUCUGAAACCAGACCAGUGCUGAGGAGCUCCGGGAUUCAGACUGCAGCAAACGCUCCCAGCUCCCGGUGUGAAAACCUCCUAAAAUAACUAAAAAUAUGAAACUAAAAGGAAUACACAAACGUUUGUUAAAGUUCCCAAAUCUUUCCAAAUCCUAGAGCAUUUAACUUCAACCACUUUCUUAUAUUUAAAUCUUCCGACUGGCAGUUUGAUACACUUGGUGAUGAUUGUACACUGAGGUUAGAGUCUGUGUCCUGUGUGGAGUGUUUUAUUAUUUCGAGCAGAAAAAAAUAACAUUCCCCAAGAGGUUUUUUAUUUAGUUUCGGUCUAUGCAUCUUAUUUCAGAAGCAGGAGAGAUUUUUACAAUCCGUAUAUAUGAUUAUAUGUUUAUACAUGCCUAAGGGUCCUCAUAAAUGUUUAUCCGAGUGUGUGUGUGUGUGUGUGUGUUGCUGACCUAAUGCAGUUUGAGGUUUGAUUAGAAAGGUCUCUUUUACAUCUGCCGAGGAAAGUGCAUAUACACACACACACACACACACACAAAGCGAAUCAAUGUGAGUCCACACAACACACAGCUCCCAAAAGCCGCUCGACUUCUGAUUUAAUUAGGCAUUAAAUCUUAACGGGCUAAUCAAUGCAGUGAAGUGCUCAGUGUAGCAAACCUCCUGCAUCUGUGAACCAGCAAAUCUUCAAACGCUCUCGGCAGCAGAAGGAGCAGAUCUGGAUUAAAAUAAAGCAAGCGUACGGUACGUGGAUGCCCGCGCCGCUGUGUUUUUUCUGUUUUUUUAAUGCACCCUCGUCGACUUCCCCUGAGUGCACAUCAUGCUGUAUUUACGUUAACCGAACCUGAUGGCAGGAACAAUGUAGCAAUUUCACUUGGAGCUUGUUUUUUUCUUUUUUUCUCUUCUUUUUAUAGUCUAAAGUCUCAGACGCGUGUGUCGGUUUACUAAAUAGCCGGCUACGCAGAUAACAUGAUAACUCGCUAGUCGAAAGGAAGUCGAGGAACUUUUUGACUGCUUUGGAAUUAAACUCGUGCAUUCUGGGUGAAAAUCUUCCUGGGAAGUGUAUAAUGAUCUAGUAAACUUUUCACACCAUGAAGCAGCUCUCAGAUCGCAAGACGUUCAAGUCAAUGACGGUGCAUUAAACACAGCCUUUGGAAAAUAGGUCAAUAUAUAACACCAUUAAUAUUUAAAUUAAUACUAUUUUAAUGUCAUUUUAACUUUACUGCUUAGAUUUAUUUUAUUAUUUGAUGUGUAACUUUACCAGCUGUUUUUGACACGGAAAUAUUUAUGGAUCUCUUUAUUUAUUUAUUUAUUUAUUUGAAUACAGUAAAAAAAAAAAAAAAAAAACAUAGCUGCAAUGCUGAAUGUAAAACCAGAAAUAAAUAUUUAUUUUUUCAUUAUGUUUUAUUUAGCUUUGUUUUUAUUAUUGUUAUUAUUUAUUUAUUUAUUAUUUUUUAUUUUAUUUAUUUAUUUUUAUUAAUCACCAAUUUUCCAAACAAUAAAGGAAUCUCAGGAGCGCCAGUUGAAGAUGUGACCGUCCACAGAGUCAGGGUUAAACGCUGUCUAAACACCAUCUACACCCCCGACAUCACACAUUUAGACUGAUACUGAACACGUUACAGAUUCUGAUGAGUAAAACUCUGCUGGGUUUUACUGAAUGAUGGAUAACGAGUGGGAGAUUUUUCCCCCAGCGCACCGAACACACACCACUUCAGCAUCGUCGUUAUUCUUUAUUCUUUUUGUUCCACUUCAAUACGUUCUAUCGGGCUGCAAAUGAAAUAAAUCAGGAAAUAAAAAUAUAUCGUCUGGGCGCCUCGAUAUAUCUUACAGUUUACUUUAUAGGGAGGAGAAAUCACUGCAGGUGAAAAUAAAACAGUUUUGCAAUUUUAUUUAUCGAUACCAUGAUUAUUUCUGAUGGAAUUAUUGAUUAAAGAUGAUUUCCAGUGUAUAUCAGUAACACGCACACGUAUUAACUCAAGGCAGCUGUCUUUCUGUACUACGUCACUUCCCUCAUGCAUCUGUGCAAACGAAGGCUGCUAUGUAUCGAGCCAUGAGAAAAAAAAAAAUAUAUAUAUAACAAUAAACAAUGAAUUAAUGUUUUAUUUUAAUACCUUAUCAUUUCUAAAGUUUAUUUCAGUGAUGUACAUUUUACAGUUUCCUGUCCAACGAACCAGCAAACGGGUUUAGCUUUUUUCUUUCUUUUUUUUUUUGUAUCUUAUUAUUUUCAGGUACAUAUUAAAACAAUCUAUAUACUUAUAUUUCGCAGCUAUAUAUGACUCUGUUAUAAAGUCUACAUAUCAGCACAGGUAUAAUGUAUCUACUAAUCACCUCCUAUGUAGAAAAUGUAUAAACUCUGGGUCUUUGGAAAAGCCGUGCGUCGCAGGCUGUCAUGUUUACGUCACUACUAUCAAAGAAACUUCUGGGAAACCUUUUUAACGAAGCCUGUAUUCAUAAAUCAUCAAGCUGGGAAUUCUUCCGGUUUUGGCAUGCAGUGUAGAGUACAACUUCUAAUAAUACCUUAUAAUGCUUUAUGAACUUUUGCACUGCUUAGAUAUUAUUUAUUUUCCAUUUUUCCCUAUGUACAUCGGUCUUCUUCCAAUUUAUUUAUUUAUUUAUUUAUUUAUUUAUUUAUUUAUUUAUGUAUGUAUGUAUGUAUUUAUGUAUUUAUGUAUUUUCUUUGGUUCAUAAAUACAGCAGAAAAUCAAGAAAGCUUAUAUUUAUUCAUAUUAAUAUUUUAAAAUAAAAAAUAAAAUAAAAAAUAUUUAUAUUUUUAAUUAACAAUUGUGACAUUAUGAGUUAUUUAAAAAAACACAAAGAAUUCUAAUGAUUUAUAAAUACAAGCUUCAGAGAAAGUUUUUUGGAAGAAAUCUUUCUUGAAAAAGCAAAAAGAAGGCGAGCAAAAAAAAAACCCAUUGUGAUGUGUAUAUAGAGUUCUGUGUACAUGCUGCAUAUCCUGCUGAGUCUAUUAUCUAUCUUUUAUAUGUCUCUAUUUAUCUUCUUAUGGAUGUAUUUACAUAUUUUAUUUUUCUCUUUCUAUUAUUAUUUUUUAUCUGAUAUACAUGAUACUCAUCCCGGUGUCGUGUUUAAAAUAUACCUUUUUUUUUUUUUUUUUUUUUUUUUUAUGAUCAGCUAUCUGAAUUUCAAGACAAUUCCACAUAAUUUUCUUUUUUUCUGAGAGCUGUGAUUCUUAUCAUAUGGAUGUGAAAUUAUGUAUAAAUCUCAUGGAUUUUGUUUAUCUGAAGAAUAUGUGAUGUUUCUACAGUAUAUGUCUCAUAUAAAGGUAAACUGGUUGGAUUUAGUGUGUGAAUAAAGAGGUUACAGGACAGCGGCGUCACUCCUUAGUGUUUCAUGAUGCUCAAAAUAUUUCUUUAAAUUAAUCGCCAAAUGGAAUCACAAAAAAUCCUUUAAGGGAAUCAGUGUCUUACACAAAACAACACUAAAACAUUGAGUUCAGCAAAGAUUACUGUACAGAAUACAUCACUUUACAAGAAACAUUUCUCUACACAAAAUAUUGUUUUAGAAGAAAAUCUUUUUACAAAGAAAAUCGCUUUCCACCAAACAACGCUUUGCAAAAAACUCUGUUUUAAACAGAAAAUCCACUUUACACAGAAAAAAACGCUUUAAACAGAAAAUCACUUUCCACCAAACAUCAGUUUACAAAGAAAUAUCGCUUUAUAAAAAAUAUUGCUUUACAAGAAAAAUCACCUUAUACCAAAAAAUCACUUUACACAAAAAUUGUUUUACAACAAACAUUUCAUUUACAACAUUUCAUUACAAACCUCCUUUCUUCCUCCUGUUUUGUAUCUUUAUUUAAUUUGUUGAUUCUUUGUUUAUUUUCUUCCAAGGUCUCUUUCUCUCUUCUUUAUUUCUUUGCAAAAAAAAAUCACACAGAAAAAAUUGCUUCACACAAAAAAUCGCUUUGCAAAGACAAUCGCUUUACACAUAAAAAUCAGAAAAAUCACAUUACAAGAAAAAUCACCUUAUACCAAAAAAAUACUUCACUCAGUUUUUUUUGUUUCUUUUUUCCUUUAUUUCUUUAUUUAGUACUGAUUCUUUAUUUACUUAGUAAAUUAUUUGUUUAUUUUCAUC